AUUGGUGCAUUAGUAAAUUUGACAACGCUAGAUGUGUCCCACAACCACCUUGAACACUUGCCUGAGGAGAUUGGCAAAUGCGUGAAUUUGAAUGCAUUGGAUUUACAGCACAACGAGCUUUUGGAUAUACCAGAAACGAUUGGCAAUUUGAAAUGUUUGGUCCGUUUGGGUUUAAGAUACAAUCGCCUUUCUAGUAUUCCAGCAACGCUGAAGAAUUGCAAAUGCAUGGACGAGUUUAAUGUCGAGGGCAACGGUAUAACACAAUUGCCCGAUGGUCUUUUGGCUAGCCUUAGUGCUCUGACGAACAUAACGCUGUCGCGAAACGCUUUCACCAGUUACCCGACCGGUGGGCCUGCGCAAUUUACUAACGUCUACAGUAUCAAUCUUGAACAUAAUCGCAUCGACAAAAUACCAUAUGGCAUAUUCUCGCGCGCCAAAGGUCUCACAAAACUAAAUAUGAAGGAAAACGUACUUACUGCGUUACCACUGGAUGUAGGCACCUGGGUUAAUAUGGUCGAACUGAAUUUGGCAACAAAUGCAUUACAGAAGUUACCUGAUGACAUAAUGAACUUACAAAAUCUUGAAAUUCUAGUUCUGUCCAAUAACAUGCUCAAGAAGAUUCCGAAUACUAUAGGUAAUUUGCGUAAACUGCGCAUUCUUGACCUGGAAGAGAAUCGCAUAGAGGUUCUCCCCAACGAGAUUGGACUUUUGCACGAGUUGCAAAAGUUAAUUUUGCAAACAAAUCAGAUAUCGAUAUUACCGCGUAGCAUCGGCCAUCUCAGCAAUCUUACGCACCUGUCAGUAAGCGAAAAUAAUUUACAGUACCUGCCCGAAGAGAUUGGCUCGCUGGAGAAUCUUGAAAAUCUAUACAUCAAUCAAAAUCCGUGCUUAGAGAAGCUGCCCUACGAGCUGGCACUAUGCCAAAAUUUGAAAUAUCUAAACAUUGACAAAUGUCCUCUGAGCACGAUACCACCAGAGAUACAAGCUGGUGGCCCGUCGCUUGUUCUUCAAUGGCUGAAAAUGCAUUCGCCAUACAGGCAGAUGUGAGUGGGUAGUGUGGAAGAUUCUGGGGAUGGCGAUGGUGCUCAAUGGCGCACAUUUUACAUAAGCAACGACUGCUUCUUUGAGUUUGAAUUAGAAGCUGAGGCCGAAGCCCAGCGACGCUAACAACGUCGGUCUUGGAAAUGCACUGUCAGUUGAGAUGUAUAGUUAAAAGUGUUGGUCAGUGCGUUUUCGACAAUUAUUGCCAGUGCAAAAACAAAUACACAUACAUGCAUAUGUAUAGUAUUGCAAUAAACAAACAACCUAAGAGUAACGACUUACAUAUGUAUUAACGAAACUUAAAACGACGAAUAUAGUGAGUGAAGUAUUUCGAAUGCGAAGCGCUUUCUCUCGCGAAAAUUGAAAAAGAAAAACGAAUUGUAAACAAUAUUUUUUGUUGAAAUAGUUAUGUUAAAACUGUAUGUUGGUUAAACAAAAAAAAAUAGCUUUAAAAAUGCUUCAAAAAUCUAUUGUUUUAUAAACAUGACAGUGUUGUAUGUGCAUAAACGUAAAUGAACAAGCGAAAUAAAGAUAAAUAAAUUAUAAGUAACAGUAAAUGCUUGUAUAUGUUUUAAGUCGAAUUUCGGUUAAUUAAAAAACAACUGCCCUUAUUAUGUUGCCAGUACAUACAUAUGUACGUAGAUGUCAGCUGAAAAUGAAAAUGGGACUCAAAUUUUAAAAUAAUAGAAUUAUUCACGUUGGCUUGUUAAUAAAGAUAUUUGUAAUUUGAAAUAACAAAAUGUAUAUUAAAAAUGAAAUGAAAUGUGAAAAAGUUAGAAUGGUUAUAACUACAUAAUUACAAACGCAACGGUGUGCAGUGUUUUGAACCACAGAUUUUUAUCAUGAAACAUUAUUUCUUACGCACCUAUGUACAUGCACAUAAAA